CUCGGAUCGGAGAACGCGACGACUAGCUAGCAAGAGAGGAGCCCCGCGCGUGAGCGAGAGAGAUGCCGGAGUACUGCGUGACCGGGGGGACGGGUUUCAUCGCGGCGCACCUCAUCCGGGCGCUGCUCGCCGCCGGUCACACGGUUCGCGCCACGGUCAGAGAUCCAGAGGAUGAAGGCAAGGUCGGGUUCCUGUGGGAGCUGGAUGGCGCCGGCGAGCGGCUGACGCUGGUGCGCGCGGACCUGAUGGUGGAGGGGAGCUUCGACGAGGCCGUGAGCGGCGUGGACGGCGUCUUCCACACGGCCUCCCCCGUGGUGGUGGUCGCCGGCGGCAAGGGCGUGCAGGAGGAGCUGGUGGACCCGAUCGUGAAGGGCGCGUCGAACGUGCUGCGGUCGUGCGCCCGGGCGUCGGAGCGCCCGCGCCGCGUCGUCUUCACCUCGUCCUGCUCCUGCGUCCGCUACUGCCACGCCGCCACGCUCAACGAGUCGCACUGGUCCGACGCCGACUACUGCAAGUCCUACAACCUGUGGUACGCGUACGCCAAGACGGUGGCGGAGAAGGAGGCGUGGCGGCUGGCGAAGGAGCACGGCCUCGACCUGGUGGUGGUGAACCCGUCGUUCGUCAUCGGCCCGGCGCUGGGGCCCAGGCCCACAAGCACCAUACUCAUCGUCCUCGCCAUGCUCAAAGGGGAGCUGGGCAAGUACCCGAACACGACGAUCGGGUUCGUGCACGUGGACGACGUGGUGCUGUGCCACGUCCUGGCCAUGGAGGACGCCAGGGCCUCCGGGCGGCUCAUCUGCUCCUGCGACGUCGCGCACUGGUCGGAGAUCCUCUCCUCGCUCAGGGAGAGGUACCCGCAGUACCCCAUCCCCACGGAGUGCAGCGCCCAGAAGGGGGACGACAGGCCGCACAGGAUGGACACCACCAAGAUCAGGGCGCUGGGAUUCCCGCCAUUCCUCUCCGUGCAGCAGAUGUUCGACGACUGCAUCAAGAGCUUCCAGGACAAGGGCCUCCUCCCGUAGUCCAAAGACAUAUCCCUCCAUUAAUCGCAUCACUUGCAUGAAGAAUGAAGAAACUCUUACUGCAGCCUCGUCAAAUUAA